AUGCGCCAACACAUCGACCACAAACACUUCUACGAUCGUACAAAACUGACCCUGAAGGUGAUCCACAAGACCCAGUACGUGGCCGCUAUGAAUCCCACAGUUGGCAGUUUUACUAUUCAAGAUCGUUUACAACGUCACUUCUGCACUCUCGCACUCUCCUUUCCGGAUGAAUCGGCUGUUCAGUCCAUCUACACAACCAUUAUGAGUCAACACUUUAGAAACAACAACAUGUCUCCCUCCAUUGUCAAGAUGGUGUCAGAUUUGAUCACUGUGGCUAUUGCAGUUCACAAUAAAAUCACGUCCACCUUCCUACCCACUGCAGUGUGCUUUCACUACGUCUUCAAUCUACGAGACCUUUCCAACAUUUUCCAGGGGAUGCUCUUCUCUGAAUCCGAAGUAUUUACAACAGAUUUGAGUAUUCUUCGUCUCUAUCGCCACGAGGCGAUGCGAGUCUACUCCGACAAGAUGAUCAGCAAGAACGAUAUCAAACAGGCAGUCAAUAUCAUCACCACUGGUAUCACCAAUGUCUUCAGUGAGACCUCUCCAGAAGAUCUAGCCGCUGAACCGAGCCUUCUUUGUCACUUCGGUCGAGGCUUGGAGGCCGAAAAGCAGUAUGCACAGAUCCCGUCAAUGGAGCGCAUGACAGAAGUGCUUGUUGAAGGUCUUGAGAUCUACAAUGAAUCCAAUGCAGUCAUGAAUUUGGUUCUUUUCGGUGAUGCUGUGGAGCAUGUGAUGCGAGUGUGUAGAAUCCUAGAAAUGCCUCGAGGCAAUUGUCUGCUUAUUGGAGUUGGUGGGUCGGGAAAACAGUCCUUGUCUAGACUCGCCUCCUACAUUGUCGGAUUUGAGGUCUCACAGAUUGUUCUGCGACGUAACUACACCAUGGCCGAUCUCAAAGCGCACAUGGCAAUUUUGUACACGAAAACCGGACUCAAGAAUGUCUCUGUUGUCUUCUUGAUGACUGACGCUCAGGCAAAUGAGGGUUUCCUGGUGUGUGUGAAUGAUUUUCUGGCCUCGGGUGAGAUCGCCGGAAUUUUCAACGACGAGGAUCAAGAGGCUAUCAUCAAGGGAAUUCGUAAUGAAGCCAAAGCCAUGGGAUACCUUGAUACCAGUGACAAUUGCUGGAAGUAUUUCAUUGAGAAGGUCCGUCGUACGCUUCGAGUGAUUCUCUGCUUCUCACCCGUUGGAAGUACACUGAGAACUCGUGCUCGUCGAUUUCCAGCCUUAGUCAACUGCACUUGCAUUGAUUGGUUCCAUGAAUGGCCACAAGAGGCAUUGCUAUCGGUGUCGCUGCGAUUCCUCGAGGACUGCGAAGGCCUGAAUGAUGACAUCCGUGUGUCAGUCAGCAAUUACAUGGCCUACCUCCACACCACAGUGUCUGAGAUCUCCGACAUGUACUUCGAGAAGGAGCGUCGUCGAAACUACACCACACCUAAAUCCUUCCUCGAGAUGAUUGCGUUGUACAAGCGUCUCACCUCAAAGCAAUUGCAUGAAAUCAACGCCAUGAUUGAACGUCUCACAAACGGCCUUGAACGUCUGAGUGAAGCCGCUGGACAGACAGCUGAAUUAAAGAUUCAAUUAGCCGAGCAGACAGUAGUGGUGAAUGAAAAGAAUGAGGCAGCAAACGCCCUAAUUCAAGUGGUAAGUAAAGAGGCGGAAAUUGUAUCGGCAGAGAAGGACUUUGUCGCCGGUGAGGAGGCGAAGGUGGCUGUCAUUAAAAAUGAGGUGGAGAUCAAACAGAAGGAUUGUGAGCGUGAUCUCAUGAAGGCUGAACCGGCCUUACUUGCGGCACAAGAGGCUCUCAACACCCUGAACAAGAACAACCUCUCCGAGUUGAAAGCACUCACCUCUCCACCCCCAGAUGUUGAAAUGGUCUGUUCAGCCGUCAUGGCCCUCUUUGCUAUGGAUGGAAAAAUUCCCAAAGAUCGAAGUUGGAAGGCAGCAAAAGCAAGCAUCAUGUCAAAAGCAGACACACUUCUCUUCAAUCUGGUCAACUACGACAAGGAGCACAUUCAUCCAGAAUCGAAGAAGGUUGCCCUAGGCUAUGUGAGGAAUUCCAACUUCAAUCCGGAGGUCAUCAAGACCAAAUCUCUGGCUGCGGCCGGUCUCUGUUCGUGGGUUAUCAAUAUCCUCAAGUUUCAUGAUGUCUUUCUGGAAGUCAAACCCAAACGAGAUGCUUUAGAUGAAGCAAAUGAAGAAUUGCGUCAAGCCACAGAGAAACUUCAGGGUCUGCAAGACAAGGUGCGUGUGUUGGAAGAAUCGUUGAACAAAUUGACAGCAGAAUUUCGAGCUGCAACUGAGGAGAAGUUGCGCUGUCAAAAGAUGGCUGAUGACACAGCCUUGACCUUGGAUUUAGCCAAUCGUCUUGUAAGUGGCUUCAGUGAUGAGAAAGUGCGCUGGGCUCAAGAGGUUGAAAAUUUGUACCAACUAGGCAAAACUGUGUCUGGAGAUGUCAUAUUUACCACUUCUUUUAUAUCUUACUUCGGCUACCUCAGUGCAUUCUUCCGAGAUGAGUUGAUGGAGAAAAGAAUAAGGCCCUUUUUGGACCAACAGCCCGUCCAAAUCCCGCGACGACAGAGCAUUGACCCAUUGAAGAUGUUA